AUGAACAUACUUCAGGUUUAUGAAAAAUUCUUAGCUAAAAUCAACGAUGUCUUAGUUUAUCAUUCUCGUGGGCUUGGCAAAGUUCUUAAAGUUCCUGAAGACAAGAUCCGUCUAAGAGUUUAUCUGAAUAAUGCGGACAUUCGAGACGGAAAGGUUAUUGCGAUAAACAAUACGAAACGAUAUUUGACCAUGGAGAAAUACCGAAACUCUGAUGGAGAAAUUGUAAAAGAUACUGGCCUCGAUGCUGUCAAGAGAAUUAUUUUGAAGGAAAUUGUGAAAGAGCUUCCAUAUUUCAAUACAAUUUAUCUUCUUACUGACCCUCCAACAGAAGUAACAAGUUUCGAGCAGCUUUGUGAAGAAUUUAUUCCAUACCACCACUGGGCUCAUGAAAAAAGAAAAGAAAUGUUCAAAAAGAAGCACCGAAAAUGGCUAAAAAUGAGUAGGGACUUCUCAAGCUUGAAGUCUCAAAACAGAGCCCAAUUUAUGAAAUUUACCCCGGAAGAAGAAAAAUUGGUGACCCCAUAUCUUGAUGUUGUGUGUGUUGAUUACGAUAUGCCAGAAGAUAUCAAGCUUACAAAUGCAAAAGACCUGCAAGAAAAGAAAGAUGCAGAAAGACGCCGAGAAUUAGAAAAAGCUGAAGCAGCAGAAAAAGCAAAGAGGGAUGAAGUUGAGCAGUUUACGACCAAAAGACUGAAUCCACAGGGCUCAUACCCGAGGAAAUUCAAAAGAAGGACAAAUAGCAUCUUGCUUCCAGUCUAUUUAAACAAUGAUCCUGUGAACGUCUACAAGGUUACACUUGAAAUGUACCCAGAGGAUUCAAAGAAUUACUACCAAUGGUGCGACCAAACUAGAGAUAAAAAAAUUGUUGAUGCUUACCUCGAAGAAAAAACGAUAAAAAUAAAUAUUCUCAUGGAAAAAUUCUUCAAGACUUUAAACAAAGAAGUUCUCAAAGUAAAUCAUCCUAAUGGAAUCAAAUACAUGUACAAUCAAGGACCGAAGAAGAUCUACAAAAUCAUUUCAAAUGCAAAUGGUAAAAAGCCAACUGUUGAUACUGUCGAACAUCCCAGUGAAUUUCAAAAGGAGGUUUCUUACAUAAUUUGCUCACAAAGCAAAAUCGAUGGCGAAAUGGAACCCGUUCAUAGCAAAGCCUUGGAAGGAACUGACUACAUCUACGAUCACUUCGAGCGACAAAGAAAGAUGGAAGCUCUUCGAAGAAGUAAAUACGACCCUUUAGCUGCAAUCGCGAGUGAGAAAGCUAGAAAACAAGUUGCGAAGGAAAAGAAAAAGCGAGAGGAGAAGCCGUUAAAAGAGGACUACUAUCCAUCUGAAGAGGAAGAAGAAACAACUGUCGAAUCAACCCCAGUUCCUACCCCGCCGGUGCCACCGGUGACUUCUUCGAGUGAUUUCAAUCUUAUGGCUGACAGGCAGACCAGCACAACAUCAUUUGACGACUGGGUUAAGUCACAGGAAAGAAAGAAAACAAUCAUCAGAGAAAAAGCAGCCGCAACUCAAACAAUCGCAGAAGAAGUGCCAGAAAAGACCGUGAUAAAAGUCGAUCCAGCUCUAGAACAGAUGGUGGAUUCUCUGGUCGAGGUAGAGGGAGAAUCAGAGCCUAGAGAUGACGAAAAUAUUGAGGCGGCAAUAAAGAAGAUUGAAAAUGAAGGCAAACGGCUCAACAAUGGCAAGCCUAGAGCGUCCAACCCUCCACCUCUUACGUACUCGGAAAAAGAAGCAAGAAAAGCUCAAACUCAAAAUGCAAAGAAAUCUGUUUCCUCCGGGACAUCAACCCAUUCUGAUCGACAAAGACAGAAAACAACUACUAAAUAA